ACAAAUAUCUUUUUUACACACACACACAAAUUCUUUUUACACAUACAAAUCUUUUUUACAAGUACAAAAUAUUUAUGACCACAAUUUGAGCUCAUAAGUAACUCACACUUUAACCAUUAGCACUCCAAAAGUAAGACAGGCUAGCUUUUGCCACGGUACACAACGAACACUUGUUAUUUCCUACAGCACCUCAACGCAGCAUGAGAAGAGCCGUCCUACGCCAGGUCAGAGUGAGAAACACCUUCAGAGUUUUCAUCUCGUCUUUGAGCGUGUUUCGGACUCAUGAAAACAGCACACGGACAGAUGUGCGCUAUUUUACUUCCCCUCGCGGUUUUCUAGAAACUCUGGAAGUCGGUUUACUUUGUUAGAGCAGAAGGAGCCCACGCUGGAGCCCAGAUGCUUUUAGUUUGACCCUCUGUCUGCCUUCUCGGGAUGCUCUCACGUCACAAGUUUUGCAGACUAGUCAGCAAAACCAAAUCGAGUGUCUUCCAGCUCCAAGUACCAGUCAGUCUGCCAGGCUGGUGCAGUAACUGACCAAUGCAUUCCUGCUUAAUACUUCACUACAGUCAGCGUCUUCAAACGAUGCUGAGAAGGAUGUUGAUGACGAGGAGGCUCCUCCAUGUGAAAGGAGACGUGAUGUGCACAGUUCUGCUGCUGGUGCUGUUCUGUUUCCUGCUGUAUGUCCGACACGUUGUGCUCUCCUCUGGAUGGGAUAGACCUCUGUGGAAACUGCACAUCCACGGCUCCACCAGCCCCAGUCGGACCCUCCUGGGAGCCACUGGUACUAAAGUGGGCCAGGACUUUCAAGGGGCAUUCCUGUCCAGGGCUUCAGGGGUCCAGCCACCUCCAUGUAAACCCCAGUCCAGGUCGAAACCUCCCCAACCCAAAUCCAAGUCUAAGGGCAAAUCCAAGUCACGAAGGAGGAACGCUGUGCCGACCAAGACUGUGGCCAAUCCCCUACCCACGAUACCACCGUUUGACUUUGAGGCUUAUCUGAGAGAAAAGGACAACAGAAAUUUCAAGCUGCUCAUAGACCAGCCAGAAAAGUGUCACAUCAGAGGAGCAGAGGAACAAGGAAGAGGGUCUAACAGUGCCCCUUAUAUGCUCAUUGCAGUGAAAUCCAUAGCAGCAGAUUUUGAUAAACGUCAGGUAGUACGCCGGACGUGGGGCAAGGAGGGACAUUUUGAAAAUGGCGUGUCCAUCCGCACAGUUUUCCUCUUGGGUGUUCCUAAGAAUCGAACCGCUCUGCCUCUGUGGGAUCGGCUCCUGUCUUACGAGAGUCAAACCUAUAAGGACGUCCUGCUGUGGGAUUUCGAAGACACCUUUUUCAACCUGACGCUAAAAGAAACGCACUUUCUGAACUGGAUCAACAGCAGCUGUCCUCGUGUCAAGUUCAUCUUCAAAGGUGAUGCCGAUGUGUAUGUUAAUGUGGAAAACAUACUGGAAAUGCUACGAGGUCAACAGCCAGACGAGGAUCUGUUUAUCGGUGAUAUUAUUAUCCGUGCUAAACCCAUUCGCCGGCGCACUUCCAAGUACUAUGUGCCAGAGUUUUUGUACGGAGGGGGUCUGUACCCCGAUUAUGCUGGCGGAGGAGGGUUCGUUAUGUCGGGACACACAGCUCGGAGACUGAGCUCUGCCUGUCGACAGGUGGAAUUGUUCCCCAUCGAUGAUGUCUUUCUGGGAAUGUGCCUCCAGCUGAUCGGCAUCAAACCAUCGCGACAUCAGGGCUUUCGGACCUUUGGAAUUCCCCGACCGUCAGCAGCUCCUCACCUUCAGACGUUUGACCCUUGUUUUUACAGAGAACUCAUGGUUGUUCACAGCCUCAGCGUCCCCCAAAUCUGGCUCAUGUGGAAUCUCCUGCACGACCCCAAACUGAGCUGCCACAACAGGACCGGCCGGACGCCCCGGCCUUUUAAAUGGAGGGGGGGGCUGGGAUCGAUGAUGGGGGAGGAGACGGACUACGAUGAGAAACGGGUGUUUGUCUCACAUUAGUGACCUUACAAAAUGGUCAUAGCGCGAGACUGGAAAGGCUCGUGAGGCGUUCAAAAGCACAGCUGAGUCAUAUGAGACUUUAUACAAGCUGGCAGGCAGUCGUGGGGGAAAUGAAGUGACGAAGGUCAAAUGUGUUCCAGAUUAUUGAGAAAGAAAGCCCAGAGGGGAUUUUAGUUUUGACAUCAGAGCCCCAUCUGUCUUUUCACACUGUGGCUGUGAACAGUUGGGACUUUUAAACCUUAACAGUGUUUUGUUUACAGUGUUUAUGUCCAUAUAGUUCCACGAGAACAACCAAAGACAGUGCGGUUAGCUGGUUUAACCCCAUUUGCUUGAAGUCGUCACGUUGUUAACAUUCAGACUGGACAAGACUGGAAAUGACUUUGUGUAGUGAGAAGGCAGCAGGGAUUUUUAGAGAUGCUCCUCUCUUCUUUGUAACGCUGCCCAGAGGCGCCAAUGGACGGUCGCAUUAUCUGUUCCCCAGAGGAGCAGCAAAUCAAGUCUAAAUAGAAACCAUGUGCAUGAUGCAAACCAAAUGGGACCAAGGCUCACUGAAACAUGCACGCUAACUAAACCUCUGCUGAAGUUUGGGCGUAUCCUGUUUCCUGAAUCUCUUUACAACAAGAGGACAACUCUGAGUAAUCUGCCAAAGUUCACACAUGUAUGCAGAUUACAUUUAUGUCCGUUAAAACAAAAUAAACAAUCUUGUGUUCUCUGGA